AAAGAGCUCUAAUGGAAACACUUCCUGACAGGAAACAUUCAGCUGAUCGAACCCUUCGGAGUUAAGUGUUAAGAGGAACUCAACACUUCCAGAUUUUUGAGCGUACCCAGUUUAGGCAUGUUUUUACUGUAAGAAUUUUUUUAGAAACUUGGGAUCUAUAUUGACGCAUUCAGACUAAACAGUUCUUGGGACUUAUUGAGAGGAACGACGCUCUGGGGAUCUCCACCAAGAACUUCACACCUUCAAGGGCUUUUCUUCUGUUUGCAUUCACACCGCAGUAGGAACGCUGACACGAUUUGGUUGAGUGUAUCUAGGCAGCUGUGAUCAUCAUGGCGUUGGGUGGAUGUGGACAGAUAUGCAAAUGGAUCGUCAUCCUGUUCAACAUACUCUUCAUUUUGGUGGGUAUAGGUUUAUUAGCAGGUGGACUGUAUCUGCGCUUCAGUGCUGACGUACCCGUGGAGUUGAAAACCAACCAUUUCGUCUUCAUGGUUGGACUGUGCAUAGCCAUUGGUGUUGUGAUUCUCAUCACUGCCUCGAUUGGAGAUUAUGGCUCCUGUAGUGAGAAUAAAUCUGCACUUGGUGUGUACUGCUGUCUGCUGUUCCUGCUCGCUGGAGCAGCUGCCAUCGGAGGGGGCGUGGCCUUUGUUAACAACAGAGAGUUCUCCAGACAUGUUUCAGAGUUUUACGCUACCAUCUACACCCAGUACUUGGUUACAGGAGACGUAAUCCGAGCCUUCAUCCUCAAACUGUUCCACAGCGCUUUUGACUGCUGUGGCCUGGGAGGAGCUGUGCAGACGCUCAUGGGUGAUACCAACAUCUGUCCAAAGCAGACAUCCAUUCUGGGAAUUUCUGUCUCCACCUCUUCUAGUUGCCUGCCUGUGAUUAUGAGCCAGCUUGAGGCAUCUUCUGUGCUGACGUUUUUUCUGGUAAUUGCUGGUACUCUGAUCACUGUUUUUGUGUGCGCUGGUUUUAUUUGCCAGCAGCUGUCUCGUCCUGUCCUUGUUUCUCCUCCGUACAUCCCUCUCUCCCAGAGUCCUUGUUCUCCCUCCUCCAUUACUGUCUGCUCCUCUAUCCCUCCUUCUUCUCAUCCAUCCUACACCACUGUGGCUGAACAAAUCUGACCUAACAUAAAGCAGACUGUCUUGCAUAUUUGUCAUUCCUAUAUUUUUUCUUCUAUAUACACCUUUUUCAGAAUAGUGAUGGCUAGUGGGUGAUUAUUAGAGUUCUCUCCAUCUUCUAUUAGUUCAGUGUUCUACUUGAAACUUUGAUCUUUUUGGGUUUCUCUUCUGGUCUUCACCUCUCUCUCUCUGGUAGUUCCUGGUGUUGGUUUGCAGUGUUAUGCUGUGCUACAGCCUAAAGAACAGUGUGCACUACUCACCACCACUCUACUACUGACCCACAAAACUCAACGAUGCAACACACCUGGCUUACGUCUGGUCUCCUUCUUCUGCCUGUCCUACAUCUGAUCAUCUCCUGCCCGUCUCUUCUCCACUCCAGUCUUCGCAUAUCCUCCUUUAUUCACCCAAUAUUCUCCAGCCUUGUCCCAAUCUUCUCAAUUUUCUCUUUUUCUCCAUCACUUCUUUUCACUCUUCUGCAACUCCUGCUUCUUGCCUCCCUUCUUCACUUCCUCUCUUCUCUUCCAUCUAUUCUUCCUCUUUUCUAGAUGAUUUGUCUACUUAAGUGGAACAGAGAUGAAGCAGAGUUGCGCCAGUGAGGAGGACUUCUGCCUCUCUCUCUCUCUCUCUCUCUCUCUCUCUCUCACACACACACACACACACACAGUGAUGUUUCCAUUGGGUUCUUUAUUUCUGGAGUUAAAAGAUGAAAAGGGAACUUGUAAUUUACUUAUUCAAAGCACUUUCCUCCAGAGGAACAGACAAAAUUCCACUCUGAGCCAAAACCUGUCAUGCAUUCCUAUCCUUAUGGGGACAUUUUGACUUCAAAAAGAUCUAAAAUCUUUAUUAAGUCUUGGUUUAAUAUAUAUUAAUUGUACUUUUAAGAAUGCUGUAGAAAUUUAUCAUUCAGACUUGCUUUUUGUUUGUAUGGGUUUAGUUUCUAAAGUGUGUGCACAUUCCCAGUGUCGUCACACACACUUUGCAAAUCAUUUCCAUUUCAUCAUUUUUUUCACCUUUUGUUUUUAUUGUACUUUUAAGAAUGCUGUAGAAGUUUAUUAUUCAGACUUGUUACAUUAAGUGUGUGAAAUGAGGUAUAAAUGUUACAUUUUCUUUCCUAUAGCAUGAAAAAUGUCAUUUUCCUACAUUAAUAAAUUUUAAUGUGA